AUGUCUAUUUUAAUUGGAAACACUAACAAUGAACGAGCGCACAACUAUUAUGGGAAGAAGAACCUAAACUUUGACAUAUUUCAGGAUCAUUUACAAAUAGCUUUCAAUUUUGAUGACGAACAUUUAUUGAAUACAAAAGAAAUUGUGAAGAAACAAUACAUCGGAAAUGAAAAAAAUAUUGAUGAGGUAGAGAAUACCAUUGUACAAUUCUCCUCGGAUUUUUAUUACUACCAUCCAACAAAAAGAAAUGUUAUGAAAUAUAUUGACAAUGGUGCAAAAAAAGUAUACAAUUACUUAUUUUCGUAUGACGGGAAUAGGAAUUUUUUGAAAAAAACCUUUAAUUUAAAUGGUAGUGGAGCGUUUCAUGCAGACGAAAUUGGAUAUCUAUUUGACAUAUCAUUUAUGGAUAAGACCCUUACCAUUGAAGACAUGUUAAUUGUUGAUAGAAUUACCACACUUUGGGCAAACUUUGUUAAAUCAGGAAACCCUACACCUGUCCCAACAGAACUACUGCCAAUUAUAUGGAAACCAAUAUCGAAAGACUCCUUUUACACUUUAAAUAUAGAUACAGCAAUGGAGUUGAAAUCUGGAUUUUUCGAAGAUAGAAUGAUUUUUUGGGAUACAUUCUUUGAAAAAUACAAAUACUUCGUAAAAGGAUUUCGGUCGAAAAAUGAUUCAGCUUGA